AAAAAGUAACUUCAUGUCAGAUCUAGAUUGCUCCAAACAUUUAUUUUCGCAUUACAGUGAAAAGGAACUUGUAAAUUGCACAUGAAGGAUGGGAAUGUUUAAAUUGUGGAGCUAGAAAGUAAACCCACAGGCAACUUUUAAAGUUGCAAGUUAACAAUCUUUAAUUACCAUUUUUUGAAUAGAGCAUACUGAAUGUAACACUUCGGAGAUAGUUUGUAAUUGAAAAGAUUGCUGAAGAAAUUGAAUUUUGCAUAGAGCUCAAGUAUGGGUAUUAGAGGCUUGCAUUGGUUUGUGACCAAUGCCUGCCCAGGUGGGUGUACGGUAGUAAACCUGAAAGAAAUGGCUGAAAACCAUUGCAGCAGGUAUCCUGGGUCUGCUCCUGUUCUUGUGGUAGAUGCUAUGUCUUGUCUUCGACAGUGGUACACACCGGAAUCUUGGGUCUGCGGUGGCCAGUGGUGUGAAUACCUUUCUAAUCUGGAUGGUUUCAUAAAGACCUUCUCAGCAGCUGGUAUCAAACUGGUAUUCUACUUUGAUGGCCUGGUGGAACAGAAAAAGCGGGAUGAAUGGGUCAAACGGAGAUUGAAAAAUAACAAAGAAAUAGCCAGGGUCUUUCAGUUCAUCAAGACCAAUAAGCAGCAACCUGGGAGGGGGAUGUUCUUUAUUCCGUCUGGGUUGGCCACUUUUACCCGCUUCGCCUUGAAGACCCUUGGUCAAGAGACAAUAUGUUCGAUGCAAGAGGCAGACUAUGAGGUGGCAUCUUACGGACUGCAUAACAAUUGCAUGGGAAUCCUCGGAGAAGACACCGACUAUCUGAUUUAUGACACUGUCCCCUAUUUUUCCAUUAAUAAGCUCUGCUUGGAGAAGCUGGAAACGGUCAUGUUCUCAAGGCAAAAUCUUUGCAGCAUGCUGGGCCUCCGUGUGGAAGAUCUUCCCCUCUUUGCUUGCCUCCUUGGCACAGAUAUCGUUCCAGAAAGGGCGAUGGAAAGUUUUCGGAAUCAGUGCGUAGCUUCGUCCUGCGCAAAAAGCCGGUGCUCCGACAAAAGGAUGAGCGAGAUUCUAGCAGUGGCCAAUUAUAUUUCAACUAUUCCACAUUCACAUGAUAGUUUGAUCCCUUUGGCGGAAAAGUUGUCUUGGGGAUCAGAUAAGUCUACACUUCGCAAAGGAAUAGAGUCUUAUAUCCUGCCUGGGCAACAGUCCCCGUGGCUUCCCUAUGACUUCUCACAUAACUCCGUAGCAUCACCGCAAUGCAAUGUGCAGCUGUGCUUAGAUCAGGAGAUCUUUCAGAUAGCGAAAGAACAGCACGUGAGCGCCAAGAGCUACAUGGUGUACAACGUCCUGAGUGGUGGAGAGGUUGAAUGCAGCAACACGUUGGAAGAUGAACAGGAUGCCGAGCUCCCUGGGCAGGCACAUAUCUACCGCCUGGCUCGUCAGCAUAUCUAUUCCAUCCUGCUGGAGUCUGUAAAAGAUGUCCACGGAGCCUGUCCUGCAGUAAAGGAGUGGUUUGUGUAUGCUGGGAACUCCCUGCAGCAACCAGACCUAAUACAACCCAAGCAACUACCAGGUGGCACUCCUAGUUUGAGAUCGCUGUGGCUCAGCAGGGGACUGGAGGCUGAACAGCGACGCAGUUGCACAUUUCUGGCAUGCUUUCAACUUCAAGAUCUGGCAGAGGAACUCCAGGCUCUGCAAGCUCCCAUUGGUACUGCCUGUGCCUUGUUGCUCUACCUCAUUCUGCAAGUGGAUAGCCUUUCUUUGGAAGACUUGAAUGCAUUUAUGGCUCAGGCGCUGUGCCUUGAGGGGAAGUCAGCUGUUCAGCUUGCAGACUUGCAGCUGGCCCAGGUGGAUGCAAGAGCUGUACAGCUUGGUUCUCUGUUCAUCCGGGGCCUGGGUGUGCUGGUUAUGGCCAACAGUGCCUGUGGCUUCCCCUUUAGAAUGGACGAUUUAAUGCCGUGGCGUAUAUUCGACGGGAAACUUUUUCACGAGAAAUAUGAGCAGGCCCACAGAGGAUGCCCUUUACAUGAGCUUUUGGAAGGCAAUGAAUCUUGGCUUACAAGGUUUCAGAAUCUCAUGUCCCUUAUUUGCAAAGCAUGCUCUGCAAAAGGUAGAAAAAUCCAGAGCAGACAGCGACUGAACAGCUUUGGGACAGAGGGACGAGGAAGAUGCGGAGGUUCUUGCUUUCAGAACCCAAGCAGAAUUCAGCCACGUCCUUAUCCUUACCAUCAUCAGAACAGGGAAUGCCUUGGGAGAAGCUCUCAGCCACCUGGUUAUUCAUCUGAAUCCCAGCCUCCAGGUCCCAGAUAUAGGUCAAGACACCGACCCCUAAGGGGACAGAGAUUCCAGCUUGCUCCUCGAUGGCCCAGAUGACGCUCCUCCUCCUGAGUGGAACUGAAUAAAAGGAGUAGAGGCAGACAAUAAUAGUUCUGAUGCUGUACAACAAAUGAAUCAUUAAAAUUAAAUGAUGUAUUUAAUUUAUGCUUUAUGUUGUAUUGUUUGAAAUAAGAUGUGUAACUUGACUUGCCAUGCUCUUUCAAGCUGUACAUAUUCUCAUAAGUAUAUAUUGCAGCACUGUGAAUUAGAAGGCGUUUCCCUCAAGGGAAGUACAAGUUUGAUUGAGAAGCAGCAACGAAAAAGUAGUCAAAGGAAGAAGAAAAAACAGGUUUCUACAGGAAUCAGUUUUGGUUCCAGCACUAUUCUGUAAUUUCACUUAUGAAGUGGCAGAGAGUAUUUUAACACAUUUCUGGAUGACACAAACGGGUGAAUUGCAAAGACUGAAAAACAGCAUUUCAAAAUAAACUUGGUGGGGAAGCAAUUAAAUUCAACAGAGAUAAAU